AUGCUGGACUGGCACUUCGUGCUGGAAGGCAGCCCCGGCACACCGUACGAGAACGGGUGGUACCACGGACGGCUCAGAUUCCCUGCCGAUUACCCCUUUAAACCGCCAAGCAUCAUGAUGCUUACCCCCAACGGACGAUUCGCCACCAGCACUCGCAUAUGCAUGAGCAUGAGCGACUUCCACCCCGAGACGUGGAACCCCAUGUGGUCUGUCGCCAGCAUUCUCACCGGCCUUCUCUCCUUCAUGUCGGACGAUGCAGUGACGGCGGGCAGCAUAGUGGCGUCGGAGGCGGACAGGCGCAAGCUAGCACGCCUCUCCAUGCCCAACAACUGUCGCAGCCCCGUGUUCCGCAACCUCUUCCCCGACCUCGUGGACGGCUACACCGCCUCACUGGCGUCGGCAGCACACGCAGCAGAGGGUGGUGCUGAUGCCGCCAGCAGAGCGCAGGGGGAGGGUGCGGAGGGGAGGGGUAAGGGCGCGGGGAAGGGCAGGCGGGUGGUGGAAGCUGCUGCUGGGGUGGUGGGGGGGCGGGAAGGGAAGGGCAGUGAAGGGGGGAGGGAGCUGAGGGUAGGAGGAGGUCAGGGAGGGGCAGAGAGAAAAGAGGGGGGCGUGCGGAGGGUGAUUAGAACAGGAAGGAAGACGGGUGUUGCUGGUGCGUUUAGCGCAGGGAAGGCAGUAGAGGCAGGUGCGGCAGGAUCAGGCAGUGCGAGUGGGAAGCCACAGCCAGGCCUGUCGAGCUUGUCGUUCUGGGUGACUGCUGCAGUUGUGCUGCUGUGUGGGGCUUUCGAGGCUGCCGUGCAGUGCCCUCCGCGUGAACAGCAGCAGCUGAAGCCCGCUGCUGCAUUUUCAACCGACGCCCGCUUCACCUUCCCUUCAUUCCUCGCGCACACGCUCGCUGCCGCUGCCACCUUGCACCCCAGCGCGCAGCUCUCACACGCGCUCACGCGCAUCCACGCCGCCAUGCACCGCCCCUCGUCCCCCGCGCCUGCGCCACCAUCGUCCCCGCCGUGCGCGGGGAGCCCUCCUGACGACGCCACGCGACGGUCUGCGAGUCGCCGAGCGUCGCAGGAGCGCACGGCGGAGUUGCUACAGCAGUCGUUCCGACCCAAGGCGCAGCCAUCCGCGCCCGCUCACGCCUGGACACCCAUUCCGGGGAUGCCUGAUAGCAGCGGCGGGAGCGAACGGCGGAGGGGCGCGAUGAGAAGCAGCAGCGGGCCGCGGGAGGGACGGUUUGGGGAUGAGGUGUCGCUUGCUGAGCAGGAGGCUCGGUUGAAGAAGAAGUACGGCGGGGCUCUGCCUAAGAAAAAAGGGCUGCUUUCCAAGGGCCACGAGAGGGCCUUCUUCGACUCCGCCGAGUGGGCCAUUCAAAAGCAAAAGGGCGCCAAGCCGGCAGCACCAGCAGAGCAGGGUCUACAGCCGAAGCUAGAGCCUACCCCACAUCAACCUCCCACGGGUCGUCGCUCUGGAUUGGCUGAGAAUGACUCGUGA